AUGCGACUCGAUGCGUUGUUGGACAAUGAACUCUUCGACUGGGACAUUGGAAACGUCGCCGACGGAAGAGAUCUCAUAACCACGAAUGCCAUUCAAGGCGUUACUGCCGACAAGGAUGAAAUCGCAGUUUCCCUGUCCUUACAAACAAAACUUCCAUGGAUAAUUGGCGAGUUUCCUUUCCUGUGGUACAGUAUAUCCCUAUGCCGUGCUACCUCAACUCAAGACCAGGUAUCCCUACCACUCGGAACAAUCAGCACCAUGCCUGUUCUGCGGAGGCCGUUCAGAGAUAGCGUACAUCUAACACCAGGAACCCUGGAACUACUACUAGUGCUCCGAUACGGUACGAAACGCGUCAAAGUGGUCGUGUAUUCGCUGUAA